CGCGCUGGGAGUUGUAGUCCCGGGGGCGGGGCGGGCCAGUCCUAAAGUAGUCGGACCACGGAAGCGGGGCGGCGGCGGCGGAGCCAGGCAGGAUGGACAAGCUCAAGCGGGUCCUGAACGGGCAGGACGCGGAGGAGCAGGGCGGCCUGAGCGAGAUCGUUGAUACAACUUCAUUAAGCUGGGGCACGAGAGUGAAAGGCUUCAUCGCUUGUUUUGCCUUAGGAGUUCUGUGCUCUGUCCUGGGUACUUGCCUGCUAUGGGUGCCAAGGAAAGGACUAGUUCUCUUUGCAGUAUUUUACACUCUGGGGAAUAUUGCAUCCCUUGGAAGCACUAUUUUCCUUAUGGGACCUAUGAGACAAUUGAAAAGAAUGUUUGAGCCUACUCGUUUGAUAGCUACUAUUGUUAUGCUAUUGUGUCUCAUACUAACAUUGUGUUCUGCCUUCUGGUGGCACAACAAGGGACUUGCUCUCAUCUUCUGCAUUUUGCAAUUUUUUGCCUUGGCAUGGUACAGCAUUUCUUUCAUACCAUUUGCAAGGGAUGCUGUGAAGAAAUGCUUUACUGUUUGUCUGUCAUAACAGGAGCUCAGUGCUGCAUGGUGGGAUUUAUAACACUACCAGGGAAGGUUUCAGUCUAAACGGGAAAACUAUUUUGUCUGAAUAUUUUUGAAAGUUUCAUUUCUUUACCCAACUACUAAAGUUUGGGUUUAAACUACUGACAGUGUCUCUGUAAAAUAAUAACUCAAAAAGAGCAUUGAUCACCACUGGAAAAGUGCUAGGAAUUCAGUGCAACCAAGGUAAAUUAAGAGGCCCUUUACCUGCAACCGACCUGAUUUCUGCAACUUGCCUGCAGCAGCUAGCAGUAUUGCAGGGCAGGGAGCUGCAUUUCUCACAUCAGGUUAGAUGCCCAUCCUGUUCCCAGCUGUAUUAUGGGAGAGAAACAGAACCUAGGACUUGGUAGGUAAGCAAAGGAAAAACUGAGCUUCAGUUAGUUUUCUGGGCACAGAUUCUAUCAGAGAUUCUUUCUAAAUGGUCAUUGUGUUUUACUUAAAAGUAGGAAAGCAUUUCUAUACACCCUUUAAAAUAAAAAAUCCUCUGCAGAGGGUGACAGAAUUAGUGUUAGGAAAGGAAGAGACACUGUUCUUCUGACUUACCGCUCUCAUCGGUUCAUACCAUUUCUCACUUCUCUGCACAAAGGUGAGAGAUCAUUAAAUCCCCCUGUGGUUCAAAUAUCACGCUGUGGAGCAGAAGAAAUGCAGAAGCGUAUGCUCUCAAGUGUCUAUAUUCUGAGAAGAGUGAUAGUGAUAGCAAGUACAGCUUACUAAGGAAAUGUAUGCAGGAUUAAACUGCCAACUUUGAACAAAUUAUACCUAGUGGCUGGGAUUUUUAUGAUGCCAACAAGUUCCAAGACCACUUUAACAUCCCCUUUUUCUGAAUCCUUAGCCAAAUUCUUGUGUGAGCUCAACACAGUCAUCCGGCUCCAAGUUGUACAGUGGCUCAUUGGCAAACUUGGUAUAAGUUAAGCACUUGGACACUCUUAUCCUGUGUGGGACACUGCUUCACCACUUCAUAUCUCCUUUUAAUGCAUCCUUACCUUACUGGUACAAAGGCUUAUCUUUCACAUUAUGGGCUGGGACCAAGGUCUGGGAAGAUGAUGAUCAGUGAGGCUUUGUAGAUGUGUGUUUGCAAAAUCUUGGUGUUUUUUGCAAGGCUCAUCCUUUGUUCUUUAAGGCCCUCCCUGCCCCCCAAAUACCACAUCAGGGAGCCUGGUCACAACUUGUAACCUAGGGGCAAACAUGGUUCUGAUUUGUAGCAUAGCUAGGACCUUACCCAUAGCUCAUAAUCAAACAAGGCUAGCAACAAAACAGUGCGUCAGUCUCACAGUUUCAUGGCAUCCAGAAAGGUUAUUAGAAUCUGAGAAGGAGUUAUUUAAAAAACAAAAAACCAACCUUUGUGUCCUUCAGUUGUUCUAGAUAGUUUAAUGCAUUCCAUUUUCACAGGAUCCUUUUCAAAGCCCAUCAUCCAGUUUAACAGGGUAUCUAUGGGGUUCUUGUGGCUAAAGUUACUUUCUUAGAAAUCCAUUAGGAACAGAACAGACCUUAAAAAUAUGCCCCAGCUAUGCUUGGAAGUAUGGGAGAGCUAUAGAGAACAGGUUCCUCCAUAAAAUAGUCUGUUUGUGAAUGAAAAGGAAUGGGGAAUUAACAUUCAAAUUAAUAUGGUGACGCCAUUAUUUUUCCACGCUCUUUCCUUGAAAGAAAGGAGUAGUAUAGGACCAAGAGACACUUUCGUUUUUGUACCCCCAUGGUUUUUAAAAUCAGAUGUCAUGAUACCUUAAAGCAGUAGCCUCCCUGGGCCACCUAGGUUUUAACAGAUGGCAUUCAUCUCUCUCCUUCCCCAGGAAUACAGGCUCUGCAGCCUGGGCAGACGCCCUGAUCUGUUGUCUUACUCUGUGUUGCAGUCCUGUUGGGUGGAGACUAUGGAAUAUUCCUCUAACAACCACCUUGCUGCCAUCUUCUAUCUGCACACCAGCUCUCCAGGGGUCCUGGCCACAAGAUAUUACUGAACUAUUCCACUUCCGCCAUGAAAACAAUUCUGGCUUCAGCUCUAUGCUACUAAAGUCCUGAAGCUGCUGUACUACCACCUGAGGUCUAGAUCCUAGGGACUGGAGGGGUGUAGGGGUGUGACUGCUGACUUUUCCAGCCAUAGCAGCCUUCCACUUUGAGCCAGAAUCUAUACACAACGGUUACCUCUGACUGUCUGUGGCCUCUAGUUACUGUGCAGUAUGUUGCUGAGCAGGCAGCCUCUCUGGGUUGAUGCAGACUCCCUUAGGCACCGAGAGAGGCAGCAGCAGACACUCAUGAAAUAUCCCUCAUCGGAUGGCAAGUGUAAUCAUCUAGGCUCAAUUCAGUUAGGGUCCCCCCUCCCAAAUCAUCUGCGAGUGGAGGGCUUGGGGAAAACUAGGGACAAUUGCCCCAUUCACAUUGUUGCCUGUUGCUCUUGAAGCUGCUGCUUGACUAGUCGUUUUGUAACUCUGUUAGAAUACCACGUUCCCCCCUUUGGAGCUGAUGAAAUCCCACUUUUUGCAUGAUUUGCGGACAGGUGGACACCAGUCACAGUCCAGCAAUUGAGUUGUCUCUGGGGAGAUGAUUCUCAUUUGCUUUCAGGCUGCAAUAAAGCCUAACUCUGCUUACACACAUACAAAAGCCUUGUCCAUCUCUCACAAAUGUAUCGCAUUUGGUUUAGGCAGUUUGGCUUCCUUUGGCUUCUUUGUUGUUUCAGCUGCUUCUGAGCUCUGAUUUCCAGGGAGCUGCCUUUUUUAAUAUGGGCCCCUGGUUUAUUAUGCCUCCUUAAGGCUGCGUGAUUUUGUGGUUCAAGCAGAAAGCUGGGAGUUUUUUCCUGACUAGGACAAGUCCCUUAACCUGUGUGCCUCAGUGUAACUGGGAACUGAGCUACCUCCCAGUCUGUAUCCUGCCAAAGGAUCCUAUCCAGGUUUUUUGUAAGUGUCUUUGCAAUGUUUACAAAAUGCCUCUGUAAGAGGCAAUUAGAAAAUCUAUCCCUCAAUGCCUUGCUCAAGCCCAAGUUUAUUUUAGCACUAGCUUCCCUGUGGGAAUUCUCGGAAAGCUCUAUGUAAGUAGCAUAUGCUUCCUUUCCCGAAAAAAGUGCUGUUAACCAAGUCCAUCAGUGUAGGAGCUUAAGCAAUUAAAUCUUGCAGUGCUGGAUUGCUUGUUCCUCUACUUCAGAUCACUCAUUUCUUGACCUUCACUGCCUUCGUAAAGGGCUAGCACUUGUACUGGAAUGUUGCACCAGAGCACACGGCUUUCUAACCCAAUCAGGAGCACCAGAAUCAAACCUCAGUUUUAUACACUGGAUAGAACUUUUGUAUCUGCAUGUUAGCUAUUUAGAACCGUUCUGCUAACUUUUUGGCAGAAUGGUUGAUUUUUAUAAAUAGGGAAUUUAGGGUUUGGAGCUGUACAGUAAUUUGUUGCCAGCACACAGAUUGUCUGGGUGUCUUAAAUUUCAGAUCCACAAGCUAAUUAUUUUAAAUGCAGAGUUCCAGCCCUGCAGCUCUUGAGUCAAUAAGUUUAGUAAACUGUAUUUCAUGUAAGGUUGUUGAAUGUCCUUAAUGGAGGUAGGAGAGGGGGACUCAGAACUUUGAAAGAAAAAGGAGGGCAGAGGGAAUGGAGGCAUAAUAAGCACUUGAGUGACAGCAGUGUUCAUAUUAGCCUCUGGCAUUGCAAAAAUUUUCCAUGAAUGAAUCAUACUCUUUUGGUUGGGGGCUAACUGGGUAGGAAAGACUCCACCCACACUAUCACCAAUAUGAGAAACACUCAGGUUUGUGGGUUCACCUCCGAAUGGCUUUGCCUAAUAAAACCACUUCAUUCUACUGAAACAAAGGCUUGUGACUUCUACUUACUUAAUCUCUGUUCAAAUUGCUGCUAUGUUUGAUUGCAACUGAAUACUUGCCUUGUUACUGAAAUAUGUUGCAUUUCCAUAUUUGUGCCUGUAAUUAACCUGUCCUACUUGUAUGCCUGCGUAUUACAGUAGCCACUGUAUUCUACCUGCCUUGCAUACACUCCUCAUCCACUACGGUAUCAAACAACAUAAUACUGUAGUUAAUGUGGAAAUAAUGAAACUGGACAGUAGAAUACAUUCCAUGUGAACUCACUUGCACUGAAAAGGCAGUUGUUAUUUUUGUUUGUAAAACAAGCUUCCUUGUGUUUUCUGUUCUGAUGGGUGGUUUAUUGAUGGGUAGGUGGGUGUCUUAAAGCUACCAGAUUCCUGUAUACAAUUCCUCACAUUCAAAAUCUUUCUGCUGAGUGCACAGUAUGUCAAAAACACACAGAAAAUAGUAUUUCUUUCAUUAAAAAAAAUUAAAAAAUCCUGUGUUGGAUCUCAAAGUUGCUUCCCCUUGCCAAGCUCCUUCCUAAUUUUACAGAGCGCACAACCACAAGGGCUGAGAUUUUCAAAGAAGCUGAAGGGAUGUGGGUAUCAAACUCAGUGGGAUUCGCGUAUCUAGCUCCCUUAGGCAGGCUUGAAAGUCUUCGACCAGCUUAUCUUUCAUUUGCUGAAGCUGCAGUACAUGUUAAUAUAAUGCUACUUUAACCAAAAAAGGCCUUAAAAUCCAAUUCUAGCCUGGAAAAUAACUUUUUUUAAAAAAAAAAACAAGCAAACAAAAAGCCUGACUUGUCAGAUUCGGUAGGAACAGAAAUUAGAGAAAUCUUUUCACCUGUAAAGAAAGCACGUUAGUUCUGGAGUGUCUCUGGCGCACAUUAAAUACGAAAGCCUAUAUGCAAUUUGUAAUCGCUCUUCUGAGUAGAACCUGACUUUAAUGACACAUAAUGAAGUGCACUUUGACUACUGACACUGCCAGAGGCUUUUUUAAUGACAGCAUUUUAGAAAAAGAAACAAAAUAUCCAAUCUUGUUAGUAAUUUUAUUACGAUUGAAUAUUAAAGACGAGUUGGAUGGGCAAUCUUGAAUCCCAAGGAAGUGUGUUUUGUACUCAGAUACAGAAAAUAUCUUGUGACAAUUCGUUUUCAAAUUUCACAUGAUGUUGCAAUGGAUAUUCCUGGAGAAUACAGCAAAGUUGCCAGAACUCUGUGCAGCAUCCUGGGGCAGGUUUCAUUCAGGGAAUUGAAGCGCUGUGCCAAAUUUGUAUAAAUUGGGAGCAGAUUGUAUCUAUCUUAUCUUUAAUGCAGAUGUAUGACCCACUGUUUCCAGCUUACAGUUUGCUAUGGUCCACAUUUUUGUAUUAAAAAUGGUGGCCAUAAACUGCAUUGUAGAACUCUGGGAGGGGAGACGCAUUUGGCGAGCCUUCGUGUACUAGGAGAUGACACUUCCUUGUACGUGAUUGCAAUCUGUCAUUUUAACCAGUUUAAUUUCUAAAAAUAGUUUGCAGUCAGUUCAGUUGCCUUAUUUUCAUUAUGUUAAUGCCUCCUUUUCAGGAUCACCACCAUUACUAUCUAUAAUCUUGUUAUAGGUUCUAAAAACUAUUUAGUAAAAAAAAAAAAAAAUGCUUUUGUCUUAAUUGCAAAUGCAUACAUGUUAAGACCAUAGUAAAUCUUAACCAGAUUGUGAAGGGAAGCACAGCCGCUAAAUAUGGGGGUAUUCCAUUUUUAAAAUCUUAUGCCGAGCUUUGAAAUGUAAUGUGGUGAUUUUUUAAAAAUAGCUUUAUCAACUGAGGGAUUUUUGUAAAACAAACAUUUUGUGAAAUUCUCCACUACAAUGACUGUUUUGUAUUAUAAGCUGCUUCUGGACCUUUUAUAUAUAUCCUGGUUGCUUUGUCUGACUUUGUAAUUGUUCAGUAAAUGUUUUUUAACUUAUUGCAAAACAUUUUCUGUAAUGAAGCUAGAUCCUAAGACAUGUGAACAUCAUUGUUUUUCAAUAAAGUUGACACUGCAGUAAAUGA